AUUUUCCCCUCCAAAUUUUCUUGGUGGUUUGUCUCUAUCGCGGUCGCUCUCUCUCUCUCUCUCUCUAAGCUCCAGCUCAGGGGAGGUCCCAUCCCAUGGAGUCCUUCUCUUUCUAGGGUUUGUUUACUUCCUCCACCAAACACAAAUUUGUGUGUGAGAGAGAGAGAGAGGAAUGUUGGAAAACAUUUGGCUAUUUCCUUCCUUGCUGCAGUGAUUUAUUUUAGGGUUUUGUUAGUUAUUGUUGUAUAUAAAUAGAAUAGCGUAAUGCCGGCUCAUCGAUCGAAGCAGGAUGAAGCAGCAAGGCAGGUGCGGCGAGACCCAUACGAAGUUCUUGGCGUCUCCAGGAACUCCUCUGACCAGGAAAUUAAGUCCGCCUACCGUAAAAUGGCUCUCAAGUACCAUCCUGACAAAAAUGCAAAUGAUCCUGAAGCAGCUGAUAUAUUUAAAGAGGUUACAUUUUCCUAUAAUAUAUUGGCUGAUCCAGACAAGAGACGCCAAUAUGACUCUGCUGGUUUUGAGGCUGUUGAAUCAGAAAGUCAAGAACUUGAACUGGAUCUUUCAAGUUUGGGAGCUGUGAAUACUAUGUUUGCGGCACUCUUUAGUAAACUUGGAGUACCAAUUAAGACCACUAUAUCAGCAACUGUUUUGGAGGAGGCGCUUAAUGGUGUGGUUGAUAUUCGUCCACUUUCACUUGGGGAACCUAUUUCUAGGAAGGUUGAAAAGCAAUGUGCUCACUUCUAUUCUGUCACGAUAACAGAAGAGGAGGCAAGGGCUGGAUUUGUUUGUCGAGUGCAAUCAUCUGACAAAAGCAAGUUCAAGUUAUUGUAUUUUGAUCAGGAAGAAAGUGGUGGAGGAUUAAGCCUUGCUCUACAGGAAGACAGUGCUAAAACAGGAAAGGUUACAUCUGCUGGAAUGUACUUUCUAUGUUUUCCUGUAUACCGGCUGGAUCACACUGUCAACUCUAUUGCAGCUGCAAAAGAUGCUGAUGCUGCUUUCUUCAAAAAAUUGGAUGGGUUUCAGCCAUGUGAAAUAUCUGAACUGAAGGCUGGCACCCAUGUUUUUGGUGUCUAUGGUGACAAUUUUUUUAAAAGUGCAAGUUACUCAAUAGAAGCUCUUUGUGCCGCACCUUUUAUGGAAGAAAAAGCUAAUCUAAGAGCUGUUGAAGCUGAGAUUCUUGGAAAGAGGGUAGAAAUAUCCAAGUUUGAAACUGAAUAUCGAGAGGUAUUGGCACAAUUUACCGAGAUGACCAGUAGAUAUGCACAAGAGAUGCAAGCAAUUGAUGAGCUUCUUAGACAAAGGAAUGAAAUUCAUGCCUCCUACACCAUUGCUCCACCAAUGAAGCGGAGUUCAAGUAAAAGCAGGAAUAAGGGUCCCUUCAGGGAGACCAAAGAAGAUGCACAAGUGAGAGAUAAGAAACCUACAAGGGAUAGAUCUAAGAAGAAGAAAUGGUUCAACAUCCACUUAAAAGUUGACAAAAGAAAGCCUUGCUAAAUAUGCUGGAUACGGGAGGCUGAAUCUGAUGCACUAGGGUUAAUGGAUUAACUGUCUGCACACAUUAAUUUGCUUGUGUUCUGGCGCUAGUGCUAGUAAAGUAUGAGGUUAAGCAAUUUCUCGACCAUGAGUGGUCAUUCUAUUGUUCUGCCAUGUGAAGUGCAGAUGGUGGUUUUGUCUUGCGGUCAUGUUCUGCCAGGUUGUAAGAAUGACAGCAUCUCGUUGAUAUUGUAAAAUUCCUUCCUUUGUGCA